ACGACACGCGGAUUUUGUCGAGUUUCGGAUAGAUAAAAAGGAAUUUUCUGUGUGAAACUCCCAUUUCAGAAUGUCACGGAAAGGCGGUACGUGUUUUGAAUAAGGCGGAAUGGUUGAGGACGGUGCCAUUGAGGAAAUACCUCUGAAAACAAGGCCGGCGUUGACUUACACACGGUUGCCGGCGACCGAACCAGUAGAAAUUCGCUUUCAGGAUCUCCAGUACAGAGCGUCCCUCGGUUUUAGAAAAGGAACCAAAGAAAUCCUUCACAAUGUCCACGGAAGGUUUCUGCCUGCACAGCUCAUUGCGAUCAUGGGGCCGUCAGGCGCUGGAAAGUCAACUCUCCUCGAUGUACUCUCAGGUUACAGGAUAACGGGUGUCAGAGGAAUUGUGACAGUAAACGGCCGAGAAAGGGAUCUUGACGAGUUCCGAAGGGUCUCCUGCUACAUCACGCAGGACGACAGACUCCAGCUGCUUCUAACAGUGAAGGAGAACAUGAAAGUGGCCGCAGAUCUCAAGUUUACUGCCAAGUACACCGAGGAAGAAAAAUGGGCCAUUAUAGACGAAAUAUUAAAAAUGCUAGGCCUUUACGAAUGCAGCAAGACGAGAGCGGGCCAGCUCUCCGGAGGACAAAAGAAACGGCUAUCAAUAGCCCUCGAGCUAGUCAAUAAUCCUCUGGUCAUGUUCCUCGACGAGCCGACGACCGGCCUCGACAGUGCCUCUUGUCUUCUUUGCAUAAAACUAAUGAAGCAGCUAGUGGCACAGGGGAGGACUGUCGUUUGCACAAUUCACCAGCCGAGCGCAUCUCUAUUUCAAAAUUUUGACCACGUCUACGUUUUGGCGGAGGGCGAGUGUCUUUACCAAGGGUCGUCGACAAACUUAGUGCCUUAUUUGGAACACAUGAAACUCCCUUGUCCAAAAUACCACAAUCCGGCCGAUUUCGUUAUCGAACUUGCUUGUGGUGAGCAUGGCAAAGAUAAAAUAAAAACAUUGGUCCAUGGAACACAGAAUGGUAGAUCGAUACAAUUUUUUGAGAAUGCUGAUCAGCUACCUCCUACAACUCAUGUUGAAGUUUCCCACAAAAGCCCACGCCUACCGGGUAAAAUCAGAUGCACUUCGAGCCUUCAAGACACAUCUCAGAUGAACCAGUUGUCGGUCAUUAUUACCAGAGGGUUUGUCAAAGUGAUGAGGGAUUCUACAUUGACCUAUAUGAGAAUCGUUGCUAAUUUAGUAACUGGAUUUAUGCUGGGACUUUUAUACUACAAUUCUGGUGUUGACGGAUCAAGAGUCCUUGACAACUACAAUUUGUUAUUUUCUAUACUAAUCCAUCACUCAAUGUCUACAAUGAUGUUAACAAUUUUGACAUUUCCAAUGGAAAUGUCAAUUUUAAUCAAAGAACAUUUUAAUCGAUGGUACUCUCUCAAAUCAUAUUAUAUAAUGGUGAACAUUGUUGACAUACCUGUGGCCGCUGGUUGUUGUAUAGUGUUCACCAUAAUAAUUUAUUUAUUAUCCGGCCAGCCAUUGUCAUGGGAGAGAUUCUCAGUGUUUUUGGUCUUGAGUCUUCUUGUAGUGUUCAUAGCUCAGAGUAUCGGAUACAUCGUAGGAGCAGUUUUCAACAGUGUAGUCAAUGGAACUUUUGCUGGGCCAAUUCUAAUCGUUCCAAUGAUGAUGUUUUCCGGUUUUGGUGUAAAUUUCCGAGAUAUUCCAGAAUAUCUUCGCUGGGGCACACAUCUAUCAUUUUUGAGGUACAGUCUUGAAGGUUAUGUUGGUGCUAUUUAUGGCAUGGACCGAGGUACCCUUCCUUGUAAUGACCACUUUUAUUGCCAUUAUAAAUACCCAGACAAAUUCAUGUAUGAUGUUGCCAUGAAAGGGGAUGUAUACAUGAACUGCAUUAUUAUCCUCAUUAUGAUGCUCAUCUUUACUAAAGUUGUAGCUUACAUAUUAUUAAGAUGGAAAAUCAGGUCGCUUAGAUAAAUCUAUUUUAAUUAAACAUUUAGAAACAUAAGACUGUGAAUUAUAUUUUAUCCUUUAUUUGCUAAUGAUGAUUGGUUAGAAGGAUGGUUAAUGUGAUGUUUAUAAUAGAAAAUCCCUUUUGGGAAAUUGACAUAUAACUAAUUCAAAGAAAAAGACAAGACGCUUGUUCGACAAAAUUAAUAUUUUAUAAUUCUUAUCAGGGAUUUAAUAUUAUUUAAUACAAAUUAUUUAUCAUUUCUUGUGAUAUUAAGAUUCAACAUCUAUUAUUACAAAAUAAAAUAACCAAAGUAUAGCUUUAGAAAUAUUUAAAGGACAAACUUAAAGAUUAAAAU